UGUGUAUUGUGCUCGAUAGCAUUCCUACCUUCUUUCUCUCUAUCUCCCCUCUUCUUACACACACUCUCUCAAUUUCUUUCUUCUCUUCUCCACUCCAUUGUGUGUUGAAAGACGUGUCAUCGUUAACUUUACCGGCUCUACUUUAUAACAUCAGUUCCUCUCCAACCACCUCCACUAACACCCCCUCCCCCCAAAAUAAAAGAAGCCACACGACCCAUCUUCAUCAUGGCACCCGUACCUCGAAAAACAAGACAGCGAAACCCACGACAAAACUCAAACGUGUUUGCCACGAUUGACAAACAGCAGUUGGAAGAGUUAAAUCAAGCAUUUCAGCUGAUGGACGUCAACGAAGAUGGUGUCGUGGAUGCCGAGGACUUGGAGACCAUCUUUGAACAUCUCGGACAACCCGCGACUCCUGACCAGAUCGAAAAGAUGAUGAGCGAGGCUCCCUCCGGCUCAUCUCAUAUCAACUUUAUGGUAUUCCUGACCAUGAUGGCAGAUAAGCUGACUGGCACCGAUCCAGAACAGGUGAUCAUAAAAGCUUUUGCUGCAUUUGACGACGACGGCAAGGGUGAAAUCAAUGCAGAUUACUUGCGAGAAUGCAUGACGACCAUGGGUGACCGUUUCACAGAUGAAGAGGUCGAUAUCAUGUUCAAAGGAGCUGCAAUAGAUGAACAAGGGAAUUUUGACUAUAAGGACUUUGUAAGAGUCCUCAAACAUGGAGAAUAAAUAAUGAAAGGGAAUAAUUCUCCUAAGUGUGUGUGUACAUACUGCAUAAUAUGCAAUCAACUUUUUACUGGCAUUGAAAUCUAAUGGUCAGUAGUAAAUCCAUACCAUCUUGUGGUAUUGUGUUGUCCGAAUUAGAAUUUUCCAAG